GUAGAUUGUACUACAUGUUUAGCAUAUCAAUGUUCAUGCUUUACAGCGGUAUCGCUAUCUCACUGUUAAUUUCGUUAUUAUUCGAGAACACAAUUGCUAGUUACUCACAAAUACAGAUUAAAAUAUGGAAUUUCUAUCAAACGCGAGCGCGAGAUAUGUUAAUGCAUCUAUCACCCAACCGGAGACAACGUAGUGCGCGAGAGAUAGUAAAACGCGCAUGAAAAGUUUAAAUAAUUCGAUAAUACCAGUUUACAAACCUGUCGAGGACUGGUGAACAGUGAAAGUACCUGACUUGGUGACUGUUUCUCUUUCGCGACAACAAAAUAAUAACAUUUCAAAAUGUUUGAUAAGAGCCUUGUGAAUGUGAUUUUGCUAGGGAUCGCCUUUAUGCUGAUCUUCACUGCCUUCCAGACAUGGGGCAACAUUCAAAAAACUAUAAUAGAGAGCAUUAAAGAGGAUGAUAACAGUUUCAACGCUAGUGCAUAUUACAGUUUAAGUAUAAUUUAUACGUUCUUCUCGGUGUUCAACUGGUCUGCUCCAUCUGUGAUAGCCGUUAUAGGGCCGAAGUUUUCGAUGUUUAUAGGAGGCACCACUUACAUGGUAUUUAUUCUUUCGUUUUUGAUACCGAAGACUUGGCUACUAUAUCUAGUCAGCGCAAUAAUCGGCAUUGGAGCAGCUCUGCUUUGGACUGGACAAGGAAAUUAUCUUACGCUCAAUUCAACUAAGGCGAAAAUAUCCAGAAAUUCAGGGAUAUUUUGGGCUCUAUUACAACUAAGCUUAUUCAUAGGCAAUCUAUUCGUCUACUUUGCGUUUAAAGGAAAGGACAAGAUCGACAAGCAAACCAGACACAUAGUGAUUUGGACGCUUUUUGCGAUAGGCGUUGCUGGCUUGGCACUGAUUCUGUUUCUUCCUCGGCCUACCAAAGAAGAAGAGGAAGAUGAAGAACCCGAGGUGCAGGUUGGACCUUGGGAGGCUUUGAAAGGAGCCGGGAAAUUAUUCAUCACCUGUGAUAUGCUCAUGUUGUCCGUUGCGUUUUUGUAUACAGGUUUGGAGCUGGGUUUUUUCAGCGGCGUAUACAGUUCCUGCAUUGGAUUUACUAAAGCUUUUACAAAUGGAAAGGAAUUGGUUGGAAUAUCUGGAAUUUUCAUCGGAGUGGGAGAAGUAAUUGGUGGUUGCCUGUUUGGUAUCCUAGGCAGCAAAACGAUCAAAUGGGGCAGACACCCCAUUGUGGUUAGUGGUUUCAUCAUUCAUGCCAUUAGUUUCUUCCUGAUCUUUAUCAAUCUGCCUAACGAUUCGCCAUUUGGAGAGUCAAAAGGGGAAGCGUACAUUACCAGCAAUGAUAUUCUGGCCGUUUUUUGCUCAUUCUUGCUGGGAUUUGGAGAUGCCUGCUACAAUACUCAAAUCUUCUCAUUGCUGGGAGGAGUAUAUGCGGAUAGGAGUGCUCCGGCAUUCGCUAUUUUCAAAUUUACACAGUCUGUUGGUGCAGCGCUGUCCUUUGUUUACGCUGAAUCUCUAGCCUUGUAUGGACAACUGGGCAUUCUAAUGAUUUUUGCUAUGCUGGGUACCGCGACAUUCAUCAGAGUCGAGCUGACGACGAGGAAAAGGAAGUUGCAAGCUGAAGAAAAUAAACAAGUCUAAACUUACUGUGAUCUACCGCAUUCGAUAUACAAAAAAUGUCACAUGAAAAACUUUAUAUUGGACUCUAUAACUAUUUUAUACAACUUUUUCUUCUAGAAGGUCAUAGAAAAAAGUUAGAGGGGAUCAAUUUAUAGCCGAUACAGUGCCAAUCGUAGUAAAGUUGUAAAUCCUACAUAUUAUAGUCCUGAUUUUUUAUAAGAGGUUAUGUUAUAAUAACACUGAAUUUUGUGCUGAUAUCUUAUAUUUGAAGAAUCACUGGAGACAAGACUAUGCUAAUCGUUAUUCUUACUAUUUUUUGUUUAUAUUGCGUUGUGGGUAGACCUGAAAUCUAGAAGUAUCUCCCAAUGACAAGGGAUGAUCCAAAAUGCUCAGACACUAAGGUACCUAUUGUAAUGAAAAUAUUGUUCCUGCAGUUAUUACUGUGUAUUUCAUAUAUUUAAAAUAAAUUCAUUUUAUAUAUUA